AGAAAAUGAAAAGAAGGCGGACCCGUGAUCUCUUUUAUUGAGUUUAUUUCUCACAUAUCAGCCCGCACAUAUGUGUUUUGAAUGCCACAGCCGUGCGGGAGCAGAGUGGAGACACCCGGUGGCAUGACUGGACUCCCGUGUACGCGGUUUGAUGAAGUAGAGCGCCGACUGUGUUGGAAACGCCGCACCGGCCGAGAGUAGACUGUGUGGGUGAAGGCAGAGCGGUCCUGCCCCCUUCAAUGACCAACCUUCAGUGCUAGCGAGAAAAGCUCCGCUGGCGACACCGCAACCAUGGAAGGCUACCAUGAUAUUUUAUGGGAUUCAUAUCGGCGAACGAGAAGCGGGCCUAAGCCAAAAUGGUGAACUGGAGGCGGCUGCUGCGAAUGUCCAACCGAUCGUUUCUGGCCUUCAUAUUCUUCUUCUCCAUGUCCACCACUUGUCUCUACUUCAUUUACGUGGCUCCUGGAAUAGCCAACACAUACUUCUUCAUGGUGCAGGCUCAGGGCAUCAUGUUGAGGGACAACGUGAGGACCAUCGGCCAGAUGAUUCGAUUGUACACCAACAAGAACAGUACGCUCAACGGGACGGACUAUCCUGAUGGUAGUAACUCCAGUGAAUAUCUGGUGCAGCCGACCACGUACCUCCCUGAGAACUUCACCUACGCCCAGAACCUCCCCUGCCCAGAGCGAUUACCUUCUAUGAAGGGCCUUAUGGAAGUGAACAUGACAGAGAUCCCUAUGGAGGAGAUAGAACUGAAGUUCUCCUUUUUUGUUGUUGCUGUUGUUGGAGGCCAUUGGAAACCAAAGGACUGCAGACCUCGCUGGAAGGUGGCCAUCCUGAUACCAUUUAGAAACCGCCAUGAACACCUCCCCAUCCUCUUCCAACACCUCAUCCCCAUGCUGCAGAGACAGCGGCUGCAGUUUGCCUUCUAUGUCAUCGAACAGAGUGGGAGCCAGCCUUUCAACAGAGCCAUGUUGUUUAACGUGGGAUUCCUGGAGGCCAUGAAGGACUUGGACUGGGACUGCUUGGUCUUCCAUGAUGUUGACCACAUCCCAGAGAACGACAGAAACUACUACGGCUGUGGUCAGAUGCCACGCCACUUCGCUGCCAAGCUGGACAAAUACAUGUACAUUCUUCCAUACAGCGAGUUCUUCGGUGGUGUGAGUGGACUCACUGUGGAGCAGUUCCGCAAGAUUAAUGGUUUUCCCAAUGCAUUCUGGGGAUGGGGAGGAGAGGACGAUGACUUGUGGAACAGGGUUCACUACGCUGGCCUGAAUGUUACGCGACCAGAGGGAGAGAUCGGCAAGUACAAGUCAAUUCCUCACCAUCACAGAGGGGAGGUGCAGUUCCUCGGGAGGUAUAAACUGCUGAGGUAUUCCAAAGAGCGGCAACACUUGGACGGCCUCAACAACCUCCAUUACAGCCCCCACAUCUCCCUAAGCAGCCUGUACAAGAACAUCACGGUGGACCUGUACCCCGAGCUCGCCCCUAUCGCAGACUACUGAACUGCCCCCACCAACCCCCACCCAACCCCUCCUCCACACCCCCAGCUCACCCGGCUCCCCUCCGGCCUGGCCUCCUGGCGACCCGUUCAGCUCGAGGCAGAGCGGCGAUGCGGCGGAGGAGAGGAGGGGGGCACAGGCCGCGAGGGGUGAAGAGGCGCACCAUGUAAUGCUGCCAAGAAAUCUUAGUGAGGAAAAAAGAAAAAAAAGAAAAUCCAAACCGAAAAAAAAAGAGGAAAAAAUGAAGAGGCAGUGGCAAGUCUCUCACAGUGAACUGUUGAUUGUGUGUGUCUGUGAAUAUGUGUGUGUGCGUGUGUGCAAGCGUGCGCGUGUGUGUGAGAUGGAUGAGUUGCUGCAUGUCUUUUUGUCCGUGCCGGCUUAACUACUACGAGUUGACAUGAGUUGGUUUAGGUUGGAGGGAGCAGCAGCAUCUCAGCUCUGAUGUUUACUGCAAAGCCUUAAUGUGGCAGAACCACAGCUCCCUCUGCUCGGCUCCGCACUGCUUCACUUCUGAUGUAUCACCGUCACCUUACAAGCCAACAGACAAGUUCUUGUCUCACUUUCUACUAUCAUUUGUUUUAUACAUAUCAUUCUGUUCGGCCACAGUAUUCCUUUAUAAGGAGGGAUCUGAGCGAGGUUGACUUUAAUGUUUGUGAUGUACUUUUUUCUUUUUCUUUUUUUUCUUUUUUGAUACGUGGUAUUUAUUUUUUUCUCUGAUUCAGGGUGUUUAAAGAAGCACUCCUGUCUGUGUCACUCAAGUGUUCGCUGUUUGUUUUGCUGCACUGCUGCUGAAUCCGCAUGAACAUGUAUGUAAAUAUCGGCCUCUUAAAGCUCGAACACAGAACACAAAUAUGUAAAUAUGGGCCUUUAAAUGCUCGGGCAUAUUACAGUGAUAUUCCAGUGGGUUUGAAUUUUAUUUUGGCAGCUACCUUCGUUCUAAGGAUUUAAUAAGAGUGAGUGGUUUCUUCCUGACAGGAAGAUCUUCUAACACUAUAGGAUGUUUGGCUUAAAAAAAAAACUGACGUAUCCAAAUCUUAAGAUUUGACAUUAUCUUUUGCAUGCCUUAAUUUAUUUUGUUUACCAGAUUUUUUUUUCUUUUCUUUCCAAACAUAAAUUAUUUCAUCAGUUAGAGAUGUGUAUAUUUUUAAUUUUGCCUUUUGUUGUGCUUUUUUUUUUCCCUUUUGAGGUGCACUGUGUGAAAAGAGUAGAGCUGCUCCUCAGAAGGGGGGAGGCGUGACUUGCGUCUCUGUGCCUUUGUACAGGGAGCAGGGUCGGCCAUUGCAGCAGGAGUGUGUCCACACAACAUGCUUUAGUGCAGGUUCAUGGUUUCAUGUGAGUGUAUAUUUUUUUUGUCUCAGAUGUGUUUUUAUUUUUUAGAUUUUUUUAUGAUUUUUAUUCAACUGAUUUAGUGCUGGACCAUGUGAUAAAGCUCUUCAUUGUACUGUACCAUGCGCUGAAGCAUGGGGAUUUGGGCUGGAUGCUGUGUGUCUGGACUGUGGUGUUAUUAUUUUCUAAGCUCGUCAGGCAGUCAGAAGGGCCAGAAUGAGAGAACCGUAGUGUCGGCCCCUGGCGGCUGAAGCUACUGCUGUUCUUGAAUGGCACGCGCUGUGAAAAGUUUAAUUUCUUAAAGCUUUGAGCACUAUUAAGAUGGAGAGAAAUGUGUAGGCAGAUUAUUUUUGACCAGAUGUUCACUGUUAAGAUUAUCCUCUACAUCUCUAGGUUUUUGAAUUUGAACACGAGUAGAUGUUUGUUUGGACGUUGUCCCAAGACGUUAAAUCAGAACUCUGGCCAUUCUUUGACCCAGCACCUUAUUUCCUGUCCUGUCAGACUAUUUAAUCUCGUUACUUGCUUCAUGAUGGCUCCCUUAGAGGCUCUCAAACACUGUGCGAUUUUGGUUUUUGUCAGUCCAGGCUGUGGCCCUGCAGCUCACUGUCCUCCAGUGGCCCGUUUAGAGCUUUGGUGACCAAAGUGAUGUAAGAACUUUACAAUCAAAUAUGUGACUGCUGCCAACUAACCAAUCAGAGUAAGAAACACACUGUCCAACCCGACAGAAAUGUUGGUACACAUACCACAUUAACUGUGUGCUGUAUUUAUCUGUGCUGUAGUAUUUCUUAAAUACUAAAACAAACCAAAGGCUUAGAACUCAACUUACUACAGCUUUUGAUCAUAUCACAUGAAUUUCAUCAGCACUUGGAGUUUGCUCUGUUGUCAUGGAGUCAUGGACGGAUAGAAAGUAGCAGAAAAUCUGACUGCUGAUGAAGAUCAUGUCGAAUGACUGAAAGCCCCCAGAGGAGCCACCAAAUGGUUCUUGUUGUGAGAUGGUUUGGGAAGGAGCUAAACCUAACAUGCAUUUUUUUAAAAACAUGACUGGCAACAUCUCUUUAGAGAUUAAACAAUUUGUCAAUUAAUCAGAUAAUUUAUAGAAAAUUAUUCUGAAACUGUUUUGUCGAUGGAUUAGUCAUUUAAGUCAUUUCUUUUAGUCGUCUCAAAUGUGAACAUAUUUAUUAUUGUUUUGGUUUGACAGAACAAGAAAAUUGAAGAGGUCACUUUGGACACUAAUACAAUUAUAUUUUUAUUGGACAAAACAAUAAAUAACGAAUUAAAGGAAAAAUAAUAUCAAUAAAUUAAAAUGUAGUGAUGUGUAAUCAUUAGAUGCAGGGUACAAAAUUUAACUCUUGUCAAUCAGCCAAAUGGCUAGUAAAUGCUGUGAUUUUACCAGCCACCAAUAGAUUACUAUUGUGUUUUUUGGGGGGGGGGGGGCUGGUGAGUGCAGCAAAUCUACCAGCUACAUGCUUAUUUAACCAGCAUUUGGCUGCUGGAUGGUUCUAAUUUUGUACCCUGCAGCCCCUAAAUUUGUUUUCUAUUUCUGAUGUAGCGCUGCGGUUGACCAGCAUUCUAACAAGCCUUGACACUGAUAUGAUACAGUCAUACUAAUGGUGACUGAGACGGUAUUAGACCCGUCUUGUGUAUCAAGGCGUCACACGGUGUCCAGGGUCUGCUGCCAUGUCUUCAUGGUGUGUGUCUCCGUUCAGUACUAGCAGGCUAAUAAAAGCAUGGCUUAUUUCAAAGUGGUGACACUCACUGUGUAAUAAGACAUGCAAGUUUUUCAGUAAUUUUGCACCACUUUUCACCCAGGUGCUUCUGUGCAUGCAUUCUUUGCAUGCUGUUUAAUAUUUGGAGCAGCACAUGCUUGAAAGCCUGACACGAUGCACAGUUUGCAAGGCAGGUAAUGAGAUUUUGUUGUCAGUAGAUGGAUUGGUAGGAAAGAAGGUUUCGGGUAGAAAUGGCCAGAGUGAUGUUCUUAAUUUAUUUUCUGUUGUUUUAAAGCACUACACGUCACUCAUUACACCCAGGCUUCCUCCACACAAACGCUGCAAGGACUUCUGGGAAAGGCAGUCUUUUAAGCCACGGUGGAUAUAUCCUGACCUCACCUGCCCGCCACCUUUCUCCCAAAAGCCCUUGCAGCAGUGAUCGUCAGAGCAGCCCGUGUAUGUUUACAGUUUUUGGGGGUUUUUUUCUUUCUUUUUGUUUUUGUUUUAAUUUUUCAAAGGCAGACGCGACUGAACCUCACGCUACAAAACAAUCGGGCUGGUGUUCGGCUACAAAGCUCAAACACUUGGCAUGUGGAUCAGAUGAAAGAGAGGAAGUCACAUGUCGGUCUGUUGUUGUGCUGAAGUCUUUUAGCCGCGCUCUCUCGGGUCUGCAGAACCGGGGGACUUUGAAAAGUGUUGGUUUAGCCGAUGAUUCUCUUGUGCUAUGCCUUUCUUAGCUUAGAACCACAUUUUUGCAUAAGAGAAGAAAUCAGCCGUGUUUGUAGGUUUACUGACUGUGUAGCAGCAAGGUGGAGUAUUAUUGAGAAAUGGCUGCUCACUUCAUCACAACAUUGUAUUUAUGACUCUUGAUGAUCGG